AGAGUGGACCAAGCCUCUGAGUGUGCUGUCUCUGAAGCUUUUUCCCUUCAAAAGUCAAGGUGUCCUCAGGGACCUUGGGAUCGUGUGGCAAGUUUGGAAACCGUGGAACAGCUGCAAGAUUAUGAUGAGGCCUGUGAGGAAGCCCAAGAGCUGCUCAGUAACUGGAUGAAGCCCAAACUGGAAGUGGAGCUGAUGAGUGAUGGAGAAGAGGACGUUGACUCUGGCCUCCUGGAAAAGCCUUCUGCAGCCCCUCUGAAGUGUGAGCGGUUUGAUGACUUGUGCAGCUAUCUGGAACAUGAACUGGAAACUUCUUCUGUCCAAGAAUACCUGCAGCAUCUUUUGCAGAGUGAAGUUGUAAACUGUGGGAUAGAGGAAAAACUUAGACUUGAAGACAUGAAGGAAAAACAAAAACUUGUAGAUCCACGAAUAAUCAUGGAACUCAGACACAAGCAGGUGAAAGAAAACCGAAUGAGGCGUCAGAAGGCAUUAGAGCUUCAGAGACAAGAAAAGUCCCUGAAGAAAUCGGUUCUGUCCAAGGCCAAGCUCCAAGCACAGGAGGAGGACAGAAGGAAGGCCCUGAAGGCCAAGAAGGAGAAGGAGUUGAUCCAGAGUGAAAUGGUGAAGUUGCAAAAGGAGAUGGCUGGGAAGAGGCACACCAUGGCAGAAGCAUGGAUAACGGAGGGGAAGAGACAAGAAAAAAAUCAGAAGCUGUCAAUGCAGAAUGUAUCUAUUGCUGCAUCACCACCCCUGGUCCUGAAGAAAGAAGUGCAAGAAGAGGAGAAACAGAGAAGGGCUCAGGAGCUGCUGCACAGGAUUCAUACUAAUAAGCAGAGAUGCAUGCAACGACAUUUCUCUGCUUGGCUGAAAGUCAUUCUGGAGUACAGAAUUAAAAUGGAAAAAGCCAGAGCCCUUGCUGACUGGAAGUGCCAACUGAAGGCCCUACGAGCUUGGAGAAACUAUAACUGGGCCCAGAAAGUGGAGCGGGAGACACAGCAAUUGGAAGUUCAUCUCCAAGAUCAGAACAGGAAAACACAACUGUCUGUGGAGCACAACCAGCGACGGCUUUUGUGCCGCUGCUUUCUGGCAUGGCAGCGCUGGAGCCACGCAGAGACAGAAAAGCGAGAGCUGCAGAUCAAGAGGGAGGAGACGAAGAGGAAGAUGGCACAGCUGCUGGAGGCAGUGUCCCUGGGGAAGGGUGGUCUGAACAGGCCACUGGAGGUUAACAAGCCUGAGACAGCAGAAGUAAACCAUCAUCGAGAUUUGCAGCAAGACAAGCCAACCGAAACUUGUCUCACACAGAAAGAGCCUGACCAGACCAGAGACCACUCUUCUUGGGAUGCUGCUUACACAUCUCCUUCCUCCAGCAAACUCAAAUUUUCCUGGGAGAUUACCCUAAAACACGCAGCCUCCAGCACCCAGGACCAGGCUACGUACAUCAAUCAAAUAGCCACUUUGUCCCAGCAAUUUCCAGUACGUGGUCCAAAGACAGCUCCUGCUUCUGGUUGCCAUUUUGAGGACCAUCAUGCUUUCCAUCAACGUCUGAUUGAGAAGCAGAGGCAGCAGCUUCAGAAACAGCGAGAGCUGAUCCUUCAACUGCAGCAAAACCAGAGGCUGAGCAAAGCUAAAGACGAGGCAGCACAAGUCACAGCUGUUGCACAAGUCACAGCUGUUACCCAGGCGCUUACCAACUCUGCUUCGCAAACGAGAGAGGAAAAAACAAAGAGGUAAGAACAAUCCAGAUGCAAGAAUACAACCCAUUUGAGGCUAGAAAACACAAGGGCAGUGAUGCAAGGCAGGAGGCCCUCCAGCCAGCUGACCUCAGCUCAUCCGAUACUGAAAGCAAUGGAGGAGAGAGCAACUCAGCGGGCAGAACGGAGGAGGAAACUAGAAGAAGCCAAAAAACAAAGAGAAGAGGAGAAACUGGCCCAGCUGAAGGCUGAAGAGGAAGCACGACAGAGGAAGGAGGCUGAAGAAAAGAAAGAGCUAGAGAAGCAAAGGAGGCUGGAGAAAGAGCAGCAGCUCCAGAAAAAGGCCAGAGAUCACUAUGACAAGGUCCUGCUGAGAAAGCUGGGAAUGGUGCCAUGGAAAAGGCUGAUGGAGCAAGCGAAGGAAAACCUGAUGGUGGCACAAAGGCACCACUGCUUGAGUCUGCAGAGGAAAGGCCUGAGGACUUGGCUCCAGCACACCCAGGAGAGUCUCAUGGACAAGAUGUCACAGGCUGAGGACUUCUAUUCCCAUACAUUGCUGAGACGAGGCUUCAGGAACUGGCUAAAGUACAAGGAUUAUCUCUCCACUCUGGAGAAGAGAGCGAGUACCCUCCAUGCAGCCUGGCUCAUGAGGAAGUACUUCUGGGCAUGGUUUGAUCUGACUAUGGAGGUAAAAAAUAUCUUUUGGGAGAAGCUGAAGAUUGCUACUGAACACUGUAACAAGAGACUUACGCUGAAUGCAUUCCAGGCAUGGAGGCAGUACCCAUUGCUGAUGAAAAAGGAAAGAGAGAGAGAAGAAAGGAGAAACCAGCUACGCAGGAGAGUAGCAGAAAUUCUCCCAGACUUCCAAAGAGGUCAAAAGAGAGUCAAAGGAGGCUGGGAAAGGGGACAAAAAGACCAGUUCUGCUCAGUGCUGUCUUCCUAA